UAAAUAGGUAAGAAUGGUCACCGCACGUGCUGAUCAACUAGACUGGACACUGCACGAUUACAAAGCGUUGCGUUAUGUAUUAUGCACGUAAAUGCCGCAUCAGAUUUUCAUUGUAAAGCUAAAGUUACAUAAAAUCAUAAAAUACAGUCACCGGCACCGUACCGCGUCUCGUUGACAUUGACAGUCAGUCGUCAUUUCAAACAACAGUUACCGACGCAGUAAAAGUUAACCACGCCAUACAUCAUUAAUCACCAUGUCGGCUGGAAAAUGCCAGAUCACCAAACCAGCCCCAGACUUCUCUGGAACUGCUGUCGGACUGAAUGGGGAAUUCAAAGACGUCAAAUUGUCUGAUUACAAAGGGAAGUAUCUGGUCUUCUUCUUCUACCCGUUGGACUUUACCUUUGUCUGCCCAACGGAGUUGAUUGCUUUCAGUGACCGUGCCGACGAGUUCAAAGCCAUCAACUGCGAGUUGCUGGCCUGUUCCUGUGAUUCCCAAUACAGCCAUUUGGCCUGGACGAACACGCCCCGUAAGAAGGGCGGCAUUGGUUCGAUGAACAUGCCCAUCCUGGCUGACAAGAGCUGCAAGAUUGCCCGAGACUACGGUGUUCUCAUAGAGGAAGAUGGAGUCCCAUUCCGUGGUCUUUUCAUCAUUGAUGACAAGGGUAACCUACGGCAGAUCACCAUCAACGAUCUCCCCGUCGGGCGCUCGGUGGACGAGACUCUGCGAUUGGUCCAGGCGUUCCAAUUCACUGACAAACAUGGAGAGGUUUGUCCUGCAGGCUGGCGACCUGGCAAGGAGACCAUCAAACCGGAUGUCAAAAAGAGUCAAGACUAUUUCAGCAAGCAAUAAAUAAAAU